GUUCUAAAAGAGUGGACGACGCACAUAUCUUGGACAAAAAUUGGAUUUUGUUUUAUAUAUAUGUAUUAAGUAAUUAUAUUCUGAUUCCUUUAUAUAAAGGAUACACAGUAAAUAUAAAAUAUUGAACUGGAAUACAAAUUUUGUACGCUUGAUUGCACUUGAAUUUGUACGUAAUACAGUAUUGUAUUUGUACGUAAUACAGUACGUAAUAAAUUGCAUAUAAAAUGCCACAGGGAAAGCUCAAAGUUAAAACAAAAUUACCAGCAUCGGUAAAGACAAAGGCCAAUAAAGUUAAAAAAGGCCCUGCCAUCCAAAAACGUGGAAAUGCUCCAGUGCAGCCAAAGAAAACAAGAUUGCAGGAGGCGCAAAAGUUAAAGAAAAUGAUUUCGAAAGCAGUGAACACUACCAUAGAAGAUGAAUUGCGAGAGAAAGCCAUGGAGGGAAGGAAAACCCUUGCGAAGAAAAAUGCUUCCAACUCACAAAAAAAAUGAUAUAUUGAUUAUGUAUGUAUUAAUAUAUUGUAUAUAAUAAUAAAAUAGUGUUAUACAUUUUAUACAAA